AUGUUGGAGCCGUUGAAAACUGAGCAAGUGCAAGUGGAUGCUGUGUUGCAAGUGGUGACUGGGCUUUUGGCAACUGUUCUUCAACUUGUGACAUCAUUGACUUCCUCAGUUGGAUCAGUUCCUGGAACCUGA